UUUGAAGAAAGCUUCUUCAACCUUCUUUGGCGUUCCAAUGCAUUCAUCAGUCCCAAGGAAAGAGGCUCCGGUACAACAGAACUUGCCUUGUAAUCUUGAGGAUCUCUACAAGGGUACCACCAAAAAGAUGAAAAUUUCUAGAGAAAUUGCCGAUUCGAGUGGCAAGAGAAUUGUGCAAGAGAUUCUGACAAUCGAAAUUAAACCUGGGUGGAAGAAAGGUACAAAGAUCACCUUCCAAGAAAAAGGGAAUGAGCAGCCAGGUGUUAUACCAGCUGAUCUGGUCUUCAUAAUAGAUGAGAAACCUCAUAAGGUUUUCUCGCGUGAUGGAAAUGACUUGAUUGUCACACAAAAGAUUCCUUCGGCUGAAGCUUUAACCGGUACUAAUGUCCAACUCACUACUCUGGAUGGAAGGAACUUAACAAUUCCAAUCAACAACGUGAUUCAACCAAAUUAUGAACAUAUCGUCCCAGGUGAAGGCAUGCCGCUUCCAAAAGAUCCGUCAAAGAAAGGGAAUUUGAGGAUCAAGUUUGACAUCAAGUUCCCUGCUCGUCUCACUGUGGCUCAGAAAUCUGGUAUCAAAGAGCUGUUGGGUU